AAAUAGAAAAAAAAAAAAAAAAAAAAAUCUAAUGGAAUUUGUAUGCAAAUUUUGAUACAAUAAUUUGCGUGUCCAACUGAUUAUAAAUCUAACAAUGUUUUCUGCUCUCAAAAAGUUGGCUAGAAGCAAUGAUGAUCGCUGCACUGCUCCGAUGCCUAUGUCUUCCUCCUUACAGAAGAAAUUCUCAAGAGGAGUUCAUUUUAACAUGAAAAUUCUCAUAAAAGGCGAUAGAAACGUAGGAAAAUCUUGUUUACUACAACGAUUGCAAGGCGGUCCAUUUAUUGAGGAAUAUGUACCUACCGACCAGAUUCAAGUAGCGCCCAUACAUUGGACAUAUAAAAACACGGAUUACAUAGUCAAAGUUGAAGUAUGGGAGGUGGUGGAUAAAGGGAGAACAAAAAAGAAACCACCUCUAGGACUGAAACUUGAGAAUCAGUCUGUACCCGCAGCACAAGAUGAUGGUUAUGAGACUCCAGUUCUAGAUGCAACAUUUUUGGAUGUGUAUAAGAAUGCUAGUGGUGUCAUAUUGAUGAUGGACAUCACAAAACCUUGGACAUUUGAGUAUGUGGUGAAGGAGCUUUCACAAGUGCCAGCUGACUUGCCAGUUGUGGUUCUUGGCAAUCAUUGUGACAUGCAGCAUCACAGACAAGUACAUUCCCACCACAUUGAGACAGCACUAAUUCAAGCCAAGAUGAAUAGAACUGCACCAAUUCGUUAUGCUGAAUCCUCAAUGAGAAAUGGUUUUGGUUUGCGAUUGCUUCACAAAUUUCUCAGUAUACCCUUCCUGCGUCUUCAAAAAACAAGCUUAUUAGAGCAACUGCAGAGAAACCAGAAAGAUAUGGAAGAGGUCGCAAAAGAACUUGAUGAUUUUCAGAAUUCUGAGGAGUCACACUACAAUUUAUUCUUAGAUCGUUUGGCAAAUAAACGACGACAAAGUCAGACUGAAACUAAGCCUAACAAUGAUCAUUCUCCAAGCAUUGUGCUCGGGGCUGGAAAACCUAUCGUACCAACUAGUGUUAAUCCUCUGUUGGCCCAAUCGCUAAAUACAACGCCAAAAUUGUCUACUCCAGAAAUUAAACAGACCCAAUAUGUAAGCCCGGACUUGUUGAAAGUGAAGCCUACAGUGAGCAUGGAGACCACUCCUUCUCGAGGAUCACAUAAUGACAGCAGUGUUAGUCAAGCUUCAGAAGUUAACACCUCCAUGCCAGCUGGAACUUUGGAAGAAUUUUAUGCAGGCACACUGGAUAGCAGCUUCUUGGAGGACCUAGCUCCCAUUUCAUCUGAGACACAUGAAAAGAACUAUGAUUCUGAAAGUGAGGAAGACGAUACAAGAAAUCCAAUGGUAACAGUGGAUCAAGAUGAUUUGGACAUUGAUAUCACACCAACCUCGGAAAUCCCAUCAGAAAUAAAAAUUACUUCUGACCAUGAUAUAUUAAAAUCAACUGAACAUGAGAAUCAAAUAAAUAGUUUAUUAAGUAGAGUUACAAUCGCAAGAGAUUCAGAUAUCGUUAAGGAAACGGAUGAUGAUGAGUCAAUAUUUGAAAACAAUCAUAUUCAACCAAUGAGCUUGGACAAUGACUUUACGCUAUGGGUUGGUGACUCCAGUGCAAGACGAUCGCCUGAAGGUGGUGAAGACCCUGAUUUGAAUAAUGAACCUGAUGAAAAAGAAAAGAGCGAGAAAAAACAUAAAAAGAAGAAGUCAAAAGAAAAGGACAGAGGAGACUUUAGCAGUAAGUCAGACCGCAAAGAGAAAAAGAGUAAGCACAAAAAAUCUAAAAGUGAUAAAAAGCCGUCUAACCCACAACAAGAUUUGCUGGAGCCAUCGACUGCAAACUUCAACUAUGAAGAAUAUGACAGUAUUUAACAUAAUGAAUUUUUAUACUGUGAUUAUGAAGGCUUCCACAGAUGAUAAUCAACAUUCCAUAGUGUAAUUGGGUUAGUCCAUUUAUGUAUAAGACUACAAUUUGUUUGUUAAAUCCAUUACUUAUUUCACCAGUCGAACAUACAUAAAUAUUAUUAUUUACACAGUAUCAAACUAACCUAGUCAUGUCGUUAUUUGAAGGAUAAGUUAGAUUAUAAAAUUUUCUUGACAUUCCUGGAUCCAUUAUUAUUCAAGAAUUUAUUGUCACUAUGGCUUUUCCCACAUUAUUCAGUUUUAUAUUUUUGUUGUUUUAUUGAUAUUCUAGUAAAUUUCACCAAAAAGGAAAACUAAACUAAAUCUGUCAUAAGUGGGCUAAAUAGUAUGACUGAGAAAAUAUGAUAUUUAUUUAAUUACCUACAUAAUUUUAACAUAUGUACUGUAUGAGUUACGACCGCUGGUAAGGAGAAAUUUAAAACAAAGUAACUAAAUUUUUACAUGUAAGAAAUUAUUAAUCACUGUACCCUUGUUACAAGGUUAUGUGUAGAUGUUGAUGAAAAACGAUUGUUGUAUUAUUUAAAUAAAUUAGUAAAGUUGAUCAUUAAAUGCAGCAAUUAAGGGUACGUAUGUAGAAAUAUAAUGAACGUGCUGCUUUUGAGCAGUUAUGGCAACUAUUCGCACGCAUCUUACUUAUGCGACGUGGCGGCGGCGGGCGCGCCGUGCGCACGCGCGCGUCAUCGUGAUGCGUUCGGCGGAAUUCAACGACAAAAAAUAUUCCAUGUCAACACAAACUAUAGAGACUGCUUAUUGGUCAAUGAUAUAGGACGUUAGUGUAUGUACGCUCCGAACACGGAGUAUGCGUGCUAGCACUCGAAUUGAAACUAUGUAUGAUGCUAUGCGGCGCGGAAAUAUAUUGCAACUUAUAUAGUCGUGUAGUUUUAAAAUUAUUAUACUAGCGAUGAGCAUAUCGCGCAGUCACGCACUAAAUGCUAAUGAACAGAAAAAAUAAGACUGGUGAAUUUCCACUGUUGUCGGCCAUGUUUGGAUGGUUGUCAUGUAAAACGGCCAACAAUAAACCCACCUGCAUUUUGCAUAUUUAUGAUGUUACUGGUUGUAUAUAGCAUCAAUAUAAUAUUGAGUAUAUAAAUGCUUUUAGUAGAGUGUAAGUGGAUAAAUGUUUUAAUAUUCAGAGGUAAAUUUUUUAAAACAGAAUAAAAAAAGGAUAAAGAUAUAACCAGUAUAAAAAUUUGUAAGCGCUAGGAGGGCUGAAUGCGAUAAGUGCCACUAGACAAUACUGUCUACAGCGUGGCUCCGUCACGAAAAAACAUUUGAAUUAUAUCGUAUAUAAAAUGAUCAUUGUCGGUUUUCGCCUUAAAAAAUGUAAAAUAUAAGAACGCGCCGUUGUUCUAGUGGCAGCGUUUAUAAACUGGCUAGGAGCUCUGUGUUCGACUCCCAGGUCGGGAGAUAAUGUGUAAUUUAAACACGAUAUUCCUGGUAGGGUUUUAUUUUAAGCAGGCGCUCGUUUUAUUCUCUGCUUUAAAAAUGUUGAUGUGCCACACUGGCCUGAGAAGAACCCUUUUGCCCUCCCUGCCCAAGAGGAGAGAUUAAUGUUAAUAUGGAAAGUCAUGUCCUCUAGUGAAAUCCGAAGUUCGCGACUGCUUUCUAUAAUAUGAAUUACUCGAAUAUUCUAAUGCACAUUAAAAUUGUUGCUAAUUUAUAGAUAUAAUAAUAUGUUAUGUAAGUAAAAAUAGAUCUGUUUGAUUUUUUAAUAAAAAUUGUAUUCAGGUUGGUAUUUUAAAGCAAACUGAGGUGAAAAAUCGUAAACAAAUGUGUAGUUCUCGUUUUAUUUUCGAAAUGUUACUGUCAUAAACUUUCUUAUAUAUUAUUAAUGUAAUCUUUAUUUUAGAAAGAACGUGUGUAUGGUAGGUAUCUAGCAGUUACAUAGACAUUAUUAUUUUUUUAUUCGGGAUAGUUAUUGCUCGCGGUUGAGCUCGCGUUGAAAAGUCCUGCCAUAUAUUGUGCCAGGAUAAAAGUAAUCUAUCCUUCUCAGAUUCUCAAACUAACUUCAUACUAAAUUUUAUCGAAAUCGGUUCAGUGGUUCAGCAAUGAAACCGUAACAGACCAACAGGGUUACUUUCGCAUUAUAAUAUAUGGAUAAGGUUUUAGUACCGAGUUUUCUUUCUAAAUUUCAGCGUAUGAGUAUGCAAUUGAUUUUAUUAUAACGAUGCUAUUUUGUACAGGACUGCUGGCCGGAAACAACAAUAUCGCCCGGUAAUUUUACGGGAAUAUAAGUGCUUUAUUCAACUUUCAGGAAGACAUAGGUCAUAAAUUACUUUAUUACUGUUACUAUUACUUGCGUCGAUUAUCACAGCACAUUGUUAUACCUUUUUGGAUGCGUUACAAAUUGCAGAUUUUUUUUAAUAAAUUUCCACAAAGCCCCAGUACAUUUUUUAUGAUUUGGAAUUUGCACAUAUUUUAUUGCCUUUUUAUUGGUUGUAAAUAAGUAUUAAUAAUAUUAUUAGUAAGAAACAUCGUCUGUUAACCACUUCCAUAAAAAAAUAUUAAAUUCGAAGUAACUACAGUGCUACAGUAGUAAAAACAAUUUUGUGUGCAAAAGGUUAUAACUUUCGCAUGAUUAAAAUUUGUGUUUCUUUUAGGCUAUAACCCACUGUAUCAGUGACUUUCCUUUGGAACAUUACUUUCGAGAAGCCCUGUACAAAUAAAUAGUUUCGAGAUUCAUGAUUUCUAUUUCAUAGAACGCUGGAAUAUGCAGACAAUAUAGUUGUUUUAUAUUCCUUUGUAAAUAUGUAUUGACCAAUGAUUUAAUAACUUCCAACAAAUGUUAUCUAUUUUCUAUCGUACUUAUAAUUGAACUAUUAUAAAAAUUAUGAAUUAUGAUAUUAAUUACUAAAUACCGCAAGUUUGCGGUCCGCAGUCCUGUUCGAAAAGAACAUCUUGUAGGUACCUUGUACGGAAACAGCAUCUUAAUUGUACUUGGUGAUGGGAUAUUAUUUUUAUUAGAUCUUGAUCGAUUAUGAAGAUAUUUGUAAGUAUUACAUUAGGCACAUGUAAAUGAUUUUUUUAAUCUCUUAUUAAUGUUCAUUCAUUUCUGUGUCAUGGACACUUACUUAGAUGGAGGUAGUCAAGUCACGGCCAGCACAUGAGUGAUAGGACAAAUUAACUUACAUAUCCUACCUCCUUUCUAUUGUCUGUUCCAUUGCCAGUAUUGAAAAUAUAUCACUAUUAUAUAUACAUUACAUAUUAUUAUUGUCCCGCCUCAUAAAGCUUUUGUUGUUAUAUUUUCUUUUUACAAAAUUAAAUUUUAUUGUCAUAGCCUGAAUAGGAAAACAAAAAUCUAUGUUUUGUUAAAAUAUGCCACUAAUUUCAUGUACUGACAAUUUUAAUUUUAAAAGAAAAAAACAUUAGUGGCGGCCAGUGGCGAAGUGUCCAUACAACCCGAUUCCUAUCGGCCUAAAAGGGAUUUUAGGUUUAUUUAUUACUGUCUUAGUGUUUGUUUUCUGUUAAAAAGGGCAGCGAUACAUUAACUAAGGCGAUUGCUUUUUUGCAACGGGGUACCUUUGAAAAAUUUCACCCUUCGCCACUGGUGGCGGCAACAAAGCAGGUUUUUUAACUUUCUUGAUCAAGCUAUGAUAAACUAUUGUACAAUUUAAACAUAGGUAUGUAUUUUGUUUACGACCGUUAUAAAUGUAAUAGAUAUUUCUAAUGAGAUUACUUAUUGUGCUAAAUGCUAAUAAAAUAAUGUUUUGAAAUAA